CUCUCUCUCUCAUCCGCAUUCACACUCUUCUUUCUCUCACUUGAUCAUCCUCAUCAUCAUAUGUGGUCCGUCUAAUGCCUCCACCCUCAUUCACUGCCUCUCUCUCUCUCUCUAGAUUCAUCAAUUAUUACUCACUUUCUCUCUCUGCUGCAACCCUUGUUUCAGAGCCUCUACACAGCGACGUCUUUAAUAUUCUUCUGUAUGGCCGGCGCUUGCUGUAAAGCCACCACCUUUCCACUUCUAUCUCUCUGUUUCUCUCUCUUUCUACUUGUCCUAGCUUCCAUGAUUUUAACCUUCAGUAUUUCCCCCAUCUUCCACUAACUGCGGAAGGAAGCACUACUGCUGUGGCUGUAACUACCGGCCGCAUGAAGCAGCAAGGGGGGUCCCCGUCCCAGUAUGGACAACCUCCGCUGGAAAUGGUCCCACAGUUCUCCUCCGCCGCCGGAGGCCUCCGGCGGGGAGGAGGUGUUGGGAGCCGGUGGCCGCGGCAGGAGACGCUUGCGCUGCUCAAGAUCCGGUCGGAGAUGGAUGCUGCUUUCCGGGAUGCGACACUAAAAGGUCCUCUGUGGGAGGAUGUCUCGAGGAAGCUCGCUGAACUGGGCUACACAAGGAGCGCAAAGAAAUGCAAGGAGAAGUUCGAAAACGUUCACAAAUACUACAAGCGCACCAAAGAAGGCCGCGCCGGCCGGCAGGACGGCAAGAGCUACCGCUUCUUCACCCAACUUGAAGCUCUCCACAGCACCACCAACACCGCCGUCCCAUCAUUCUCUCCGGCGACCAAUAUAAACCCCUUCCCGCCUCUAACUUCCAAUCCCUCUGCUCCCUCCGGAGAUUUAAUGGCAUUAACUGCCGUCGAUACAGCGCAGCCGCCGCCAACGACCGCUCACGCAGGCAUCAGUUUUUCUUCCGACACAUCCUCUUCUUCAUCAUCCGAUUCCGAUGCUGAAAACAACGAUUACGGCGGCGCCGGCGAGCUUCCGGACGGCGGAAGGAAGAGGAAGCGGGAAGGAUGGCCGUACGGGAAUGGAAAAACGAUAGCUUUCUUUGAGAAACUAAUGAAGCAGCUGAUUGAACGGCAGGAAGCAAUGCAGCAGAGGUUCUUAGAUACGAUCGAGAAGCGCGAGCAGGAUCGGAUGGCGAGGGAGGAGGCAUGGAAACGCCAGGAGAUGGCUCGGCUUAACCGUGAGUAUGAGCUUAUGGUGCAGGAGCGCACCAUGACGGCUAAUCGUGAUGCCGCAGUUAUCUCCUUUUUGCAGAGGUUCGCCGGCGCCGGCUUAACCGUAACUAAUCAGCAGGAUGCAUUGAUAGAAGCUACAACAUUCUCUGCCCCUGCACCUCCUGAAGUUUCGCAAGAAGAUCAGCCGGAGGGCCAGAGAAGCCACCAAGUCAAUGAGAUUGUAAUCCACCAGGCUUCAGCAUCGUCAGAUCCAGCUGCUUCAAAUGCAGAGAUGGCGCCGGAGGUUAUGGGAGUUUCGAUGCCGUCGCCGAAGUCUAAUUCGCCGCCAUCAAGGUGGCCAAAAACAGAGGUUCUGGCACUAAUCAAGUUGCGCAGCGGGUUAGAGGUGAGGUACCUGGAGACAGGGCCAAAGGGGCCAUUUUGGGAGGACAUAUCCAUGGGAAUGAAGCGGUUGGGAUACAACAGAAGCCCCAAAAGGUGUAAGGAGAAGUGGGAGAAUAUUAACAAGUACUUCAAGAAAGUGAAAGAGGGGAACAAGAAGCGCCCGGAGGACGCCAAGACUUGCCCUUACUUCCAUGAACUAGAUGCACUUUAUCGCAGGAAGCAACAAUAGGAGACUGCUACUAAUACAGAGCAGCCAAUCUCUGUAUCAGUGGAACAAGAGAGCAAUAAUGGUGAAAAUAAAAAUUUAAUCACAGUGAGAAACAAUGUGGAGAGUACUAGCUUCCAAAUGCCGAGAAGCAACGCUAAUAGACAUUCUCAGAUUUUCUUUGGGAGGGAGGUUCCAUUGAAGAAGCCAGAAGACAUCGUUAAGGAACUGAUGGAACUACAGAAUCAGGAGGAGGAGGCGGAGGAGGAGGAUGAUGUUGUUGAUGAUGAUGAGUAUGAUGAUGAGGAUGAGGAGGAGGACGGUAAGCUCAGGUAUGAGAUCCUGUUUCAGAGACAAAGCGUGGGAUAUGUAGGUAAUGGUGGAAAUGUUGUAAGAAAGGCGCCGGCUUCGGUGCCUCCAUCGUCAAAUGCUGCUUCUUUUCUCGCCAUGGUUCAGUGAUGAUGCAUUCCUCUAUCAUCUCUGCAUCUUCGUCGUCUUCCUAUUAAACUAGGACUUCGGCUUCUGAAAAGGCGAAGUUUUUCUACCAUGAUUUGUUAUGGGAAUAAGGAUGGUUCCAAGCCAAUUGAGUGGAUGCCACCACACUGAAGGGAAUAAUGUGUCACAUCAAAGGGCGGAAAUAAGCUUAGCAAAGAGCUGAAAAUUUUCAAGGAAGAUGGGGAUUUUUUCUUUUAUAGCCAAGCUGGUUAAAACAUAUUUGUGUGCUGAAAUGUGAAGCUUGCAUCUAGGUUACCGUUGCCCCACGAGCAUCAGUAUAAGGGAAAUAAUAGGAUGAAAGGGGAGGAAGGGGGGUCGGAUGCGAUGUGUUCUUGUUACUUUAUAUCUGAAUCUCUUGGUUGGAAAUAAAGGAUAAUUAUAAGAGGAAAA